AUGGGUGCUGUCAUGCGGGGCCGUUGUCACCGCGGAGAAAGAAGUGAUGGAAGUUCGAGGAGGACGGGGUCCGUCGAGGACGAGAACGAGGAGGACGCGCUCGAGGCCGUCGGGGACGGUGCUCCUGAGCCGCCUUCUGCUGGGCGACAACGAGAACGCGCGAGAGAACGGAGGCAGUUGUGGGCUGCGGACGAGAAGAGAACUGUGGACGGGGCGGGAUCUGGAAGUGAACUGAAUAGGGAGCCGAAGAGAAGGCGACGGUGGGCUUUAUCUGGACUGGAUAAGGGCAGGAUCUCGAUGGCGGGCACAGGCAGCGCUGCUUCCUUUUAA